AUGGUCCGUAAAGUUUCGUUACACAUAAGGAGUAUUGUUCUUGAUCAAGGACUGGAAAGAUGUUGGGGCCGGGUGUACAAAUCUGACUGCAACAGUCUAGUAUCCCUGCUUUCACCAAACGCAAUCAGGGGCAUUAGGGUCAUUGUCAGAAUCGACGCAACUGCGAAAAUGGGACUUGAACAACAAUGUGUAGGGGAAACAUCGUUGCCAUUAGCUUAUGUGGCAAGGGCCACCCUUCUUACGCCUGAGGAGCGGCACAAGCGAACUCUCAAACCUCAGCUCGACUACGGUCUAGCGAGGAGCAUUCCUCAGUCGGACGUUCGGAAAUCUAAAGCUGACUGGAACGUCGCUUCCGACUCUAACUACCUCCUAGUCGUCGACUCCGUCAUCGUCAUCGUAGUAAGUCGUCGAAAGAAUCUGCGUCGUCAACUGCAACAAGAUCGCGAAAGUGGAUGGUCAUUAAGAGCGGAGGAGUUUGAAGAGGCAUUUGAGGAAAAGAACCCGAAAAAAGCCCACACUCUACUAAGACAGCAUAGCGGAAACUGA